AUGGGUGAUAUUGGUGAACCGCGCAAACCGAGAAUCGCCAUCAUCGGUGCGGGGUUGACCGGAUUGCUCACUGCACAUGGCUUGCAAAAGAACGGUUUCGAGGUCGCCGUGUUCGAGCGGGAUGCCGACAUCGACGUCCGUUCCCGGGACUGGACGAUCCUCAUUCACUGGGCGAUGCCGAUACUGGCUCGCUUGCUCCCGGAGGACGUGUUCAAUAACUUCCCCAAGGCGAUCUGCAAUCCCCAUCUCGAGUUCAACGAAGAAGUGGAAAGCCUGCCCUGCUUCAACGGCCUGACUGGCGAGAUCCUUUUCAAGAACGCGACCCCGGGAGCGAGGCGCAUCACCCGACAAGGGCUGCGAAAAGUGCUGGCCGAAGGGUUCGAGGUCAGAUGGGGCAAGAAGCUCGACCAAUUGUCCUCGGCUGAAGACUCGAUACAGCUCAAGUUUGAGGACGGAGAGACGUACGUGGCGGACUAUGUUGUCGGGGCUGAUGGCGUCUCGUCAACCUUGCGCCAACUGCUUUUGGGACCUGAAGCAGCCCGACCCGCCUUAUCUGGCUUCAUGUUUGCCACCGGCGUGGUGAAUUACGGCGACGCGGAGAAAACCGACUUCAUCGUGAAAGCACAUCCAGUAACAGCUAUCAUGAUGGGCACCGAGGCUGUAGGCGCUUGCGGCGUCAUGUAUGUCCAAGAUCCCAAGGACACAUCGACCUGGACAACGUUCUGGGUCAAGAUCUGGAAAGGAACGUCGGUCAACCUCCAGGGCCAGGAAGCUGUCCGCUACGUCAGGGAGAACACAAGCAACCUCUGCGAGCCGUUUCAAUCCGCCAUCGACUGGACACCCGAGGACGCCCAAUGCAACAUCGACGAGAUGAAGUACUGGGUUCCCGUCCCCUGGGAUAAUCAUUCUGGGAGGGUGACACUUUUGGGAGACGCGUCUCAUCCGAUGCUGCCCUUCCGUGGCCAGGGAUUGCAGCAUGCUCUUACAGAUGCUAGCAAUUACGUGGAUGUCAUGCUCCAGCUCCGCGAUUCUCCCGAUGCUGGGCCGAGGGAGAAGGUCAUGACUGCAUUCGACGCCGAGAUGGUUGAGAGAGGCGUGAAAGCUGUGAAGCAGUCCCUCCAGGAAGCCGAGUACUCGCUGGACGUGGAAACGGUUGGGAAAAUGCUCAUGGUAACUCAUGGGCAUGGCAGAUCUGCUUGA